AUGUCCGUGUCAACGAUAGGGACACCCAUGUCGUUUCGCCAAGGUCGUCCUCCUCGGUUCGACUCUCCUGCCUCCCGCAAGCGAAGAGCCACAUCAGCGGCCGCAGGCAUGUCCACACCCAGUGGUCAUGACAGUAUUGGAGGAUCCAGCGAACUGUCAUCCGGUCAGUUACUGCGACCCACCCACUCCUUUACUGGAGGCAUGGAUCUCUUUGGAGGACAGGAUGAUGAUUUAGACAACUUUGCCAAGUACAUUGUAGAUGAGGAUGACGAUGAUGAGGACGACGAUGAUGAAGAGAGUGGACAAGAGAUGGUGGCUUCUCGCGUCAUCUCCUUUGAAAGCGACGAAGAAUCUCCGGGACGACACAAAGAAAAGGGAGGCAUGAUGCGACUCUUUCGGUUUGACAGACGGCGUAAAAAGAAACCCAAACAAAAGACAAGUGCUGGAUCUCAAGAACAGUCGAAACAACAGCAGCAGUACAAUCACAAUCCACCACUUCCACCAACAACAACCAAUCAUCAGCCAUUCCAUCAUCCACCCCCGCAAUUGCUCGUACACCAAUCGGCGCCUCCCGCUUUGAUAUCGCCACACAACCAUCUCAGUCGUUCCCAUAAUCGUCACAGUCACCACUUGCCUCCAACACCAUAUCCCAUGCCACGGCAACACCAACCAUAUCAAUUGCCGUAUCGCCCACAAUCGUCGCUCUCCUGGUCCAGACCGACACCUGUCACCACCGUGCCCAGAGAUGAACAUGAAAAUGCAAAUCCAACCGAGAUUCGUUGCGAUACACCGGCCAUUGCCACCCAAAGAAGUCGCUCUUUGCCAGACUACAGAACCUACAACGACCCCAAAUCCACGACACUACCUCGCAUGGGAUCCUUUGGAAUGGGAAUUGAUACCAUCCCUGCUAGCCCCAAAAUGGCCACCUUUGCACCCUUUACACAAGAUGAAGCCGAAACAGAAGAAGAAGAACAACAACUAGAAGAAGACCAGAUUAUCCUCCGCACUCCGUCUUGGAAAUCGUCAUCCUCCAUGAUGGACAGUGUCAUGUCCACUGCCAUGGUGCCCUAUGCCUCGGGAAUUGAGCUUGUGGAUCAGGAAGGCACGCCACAAAUCGAUCGCACCGACAGCUGGAAUCGGCGUUUGGAGCGAACCGACAUUUACCAUCGGCACUACAUGCCCAGUCGACUCGAGAUUGGUGAACUGCAAGAGCUCGAGGACUAUCUGGGCAUCUUUUCCGCCAAGACCAAACAUCGAUUCUCCACGCUCUGGAGACACCUCGUGCCACCCUUGGAUUAUGCCGUGAGCAGACAACAGCGCUCCAGUCGACGAAGCCUCUCGCAGGCAUCGGCAUCCUCCAUGUCCGACUUGUCGUCCGUAACUGGACAACAAUUGCCCGUCAGUAGCAAGAGCAAGUCGUCCUCGACCUUUUACUCCAUUGUCCUCAAGAGAGGUCCAGUCCAAUUUGAAGAGUACAAUGAUUAUCACUGCGAAUGGAUACUAUUGACCCGGGGCUUUGUGGUGGCACGGCCCAACUAUCAGUACAUUCCUCGUUUCCAGGCCGGGGACCUAUGGGCAAGUGUGGUACAGGUAGAACCCACAAACCCGCUCUCCAUUACUCUGAGUUGCACGUCGCGCGCUGCUAGUACGCACUUGACUCUGACCCAACUCAAGCAACAGCAACAGUAUGGAUGCUACACCUACCAGCUGUCUUGUCGCACACCGCAAGAACAGGCAUCCUGGUUGGAAGCACUGCGAAAAGUAGUCGUACAGGCUCACGAUUCCACUGGCACCAACGAAAAGGAGAUGGGAGGCUUGGGGUGGCAGUACCGCGUGGUCUACGUUCCGUUCUUCACAGAGGCUGUCACCGGUGAUCCCAUUCAAAAGGAGAAAAUCUUGGCAGGUUCCACGGGUCAUGUGGAUCUGAAUGCCUUGGAUUCCUACAAUUCCUAUGCCCCGAUGCACUAUGCCACCCGUGCCAAUCAUGUUCGUGUCAUGCGGUUCCUAUUGGAGGCUGGCGCAGAUGUCCAUGUCGGUGAUGGCUACGGAAGAACGCCCAUGUACUACGCGGAACUGCAUCAACUGCCCGAAGCAACCAUCCAGAUGCUCGAGGCCCAUGGUGCCGGACGAUCCAAGAAACCUGCCUCCAUGGGAUUGUCGCGGAAGGCCUGGAGGCGGCGGAGCUGUCGACUUCGGCUCAUCAUCCUUGCCUUGAUUCUGCUCCUUUUGGCAUGCUUAGCCGGAGGUUUGCUGUGGCAUUUUGGAAUGUUGGAAAGUCUUGGAAUUGGCAGCAGCAAGCAGGAGGAGGAUGUUGGUGUUCCUGAUGCUAGCCAACAGGGGGAAGUAUUUGGCAUUGAUGACGCCGAAAUGGGUCCUGUGGUGGUGACUGACGAGUGGUCGGAAGCCACACGAGAAGACACGGCGCCCCCCACAGCGGCUCCUGUAGUGUCUCCUUCACCGUCCUCUUCACAACCCUCUUCGCCGCUGCCGACAGGCAUCCCCGAGAUACAAGUAGCACCACCACUUGUCUCGCGUGGGGAAGAAACUGCCACCCCCUAUCCAACCAGAUCUCCUUCCUACAUCAAGACACCACUCCCAACUCCCCAAGCCACCACCAUUCGACAAAUUCCUGCGACAGAUUCCCCUUCUUUUACUCCCAGUUCGAGUGCAUUCGAUACGGCUCUGUUCCGCCUUUUGGCGUCGGCUUCAUUCGACGCUGGAGCAGCUCUUCGAGUGCCUGACAGCCCCCAACAGCGCGCUUUCUUUUGGCUACAUCAAAAUGCAAACAUUGAUUCGUACACCAACAGCCGCAAGAUACAAAGAUAUGCCUUGGCUACUUUCUAUUACAGCACGAAUGGCGACAACUGGGCUGAAAAUCUUUGGUGGCUGAGUGAUGAGGACGAGUGCACUUGGUACAACAAACAAGUCGCGAAUGGCUACCCGGCCUGCCAAAUCAACACGAGUAAUAGCGCCCAAAGAACUUUCACAAGCUUGGACUUGAGUUUCAACAACGUUCAAGGUACCAUUCCGCCAGAGCUAGGUCUGCUUUCUGGUUUGCUUCGGCUCGACUUGGAUGGUGGACCGGCUGGUUUCCUGUUUGGCACUCUACCACCAGAGUUGGGUUACUUGGACUCGAUUCAAUCAUUCAGUGCUCGCGGCAAUCAACUAACCGGAACCGUGCCAGAAGAUAUUGGAAACUGGAGACAAGUGACCGGCAUUGACCUGAGUUUCAACAAGUUGACUGGUUUGAUGCCCUCUACUAUCGGCUCUCUGACCUGGCUGUCAGAACUGACGCUGGAAAUGAACGAGCUCUCGGGGGUUCUUCCCGUAGAGUUGGGCCAGUUGAGCAACCUUUUCAAACUGGCAAUUGGUGGCAAUCAAUUCCAAGGCCCAUUGAUGUCGGAGAUUGGAUCUCUGACAAAACUGCGGUACUUGUACAUUGAAGUGAACCAGUUUUCAUCACUUCCCACGGAUAUUGGACGGUUGGAAAACCUGAACGUUCUCUCGGCCUUUGAGAACAACUUCCAAGGGGCGCUUCCAACUGAACUUGGUCGCCUCACGAAGCUUGGCAGCCUUCUCUUGCGCUCGAAUGCCUUUUCAGCGUCCAUGCCGAGUGAAUUGGGUUCGAUGGACGCUAUUCAGAGAUCGCUUUAUCUUCAAUCCAACAAGUUGUCAGGAGCCAUACCUAAUGAAUUGUCGUCGCUGAGUCAACUAAACACUCUUAGGGUCGAAUCCAACGACAUUGGAGGAAUCGUUCCUUCGGCCAUGUGCACAAUAUUCAACACAACGUUUCCGAACUUUUAUGCAGAUUGUGCCAGUGAAGUCUCCUGUUCUUGUUGUACUUAUUGUUGUGUCGACGAUGGUGGAUGUGAAUGUCAGUACGCAGAUACAAAUGCCUACCUCUGCUAA